UAAAAGAUAUAUUUCCUACCCGUAUACCGACGAAUCAGUUGUGAUUGGAUAGAUAUGCUUUAGCGGACUUGUUGAUAGGCUGACCGCUUUUGAAUACGAACUUCUAGCCAGUCAGAGUAAUCAGAAGGCGGGGUUUGUCAGAAUACGGGUGGACAAUAACGGUAACAUAGAGCUAGUGUAAGGAUUCGUUUGUGUUGGGGAGAAAAAUAAUAAUAUUUACAGUUCAGUUAGCAUUUAUAAUUUAUUAGGGUUGGGAAAAGUGGUAGCUAGUGAAGGAAUUAGCUUAUAAAAUGGGGAGUUUGGUUCAGGAGGUGAAGCGUUGGGCGACAGAGGAGCUGGAUUUGCCUCCUCACCACCUCCCACAUGACAACUACAUUAAAACGUUAUGUGUUGGCACUGGAGCCUCAAUUUGGAAAUAUGUCCUGCAACAUGUUUACAGUGAGAGGAAGGUGCGGCUCAUGCGAGGGAAUCUUCAGUGGUACAAAAUUCUACAGGAUAAAGAGCUGAAGCAAGUGGAGGGACAAAAUAAAGACGCUCGGCGUGCGGAGCUGCAGAAGGAGAUCUCCGAGCUGCAGACUGAACUCCGUCACAUAGAUCAGAAAAUCAGCACCGCUGAGGAGCAGCUCGCUAACGAAGAGCAGAGUGUGUCCAGACACUAUGCUCAGUACGAGGAGAGCAGGCUGAAGGAGCUGAUGCUGGACUCCUUCAGGCUGCGCUGCGCUGAGGAACGAGACGCUCUCGCGCACAACACGCACACCAUCAGCAGCCAGCGGCAGGCUUUAGAGCAGCUCUCCAGGAAAGCCGAGGUGAAGCUAGUGUUUGGAGGAUCUGACGCCGGAGACAGUGGGACGGCCGCAGAGCCUCUGGUUUUAAGGAACGUUCGGGAUCUCUGCAGGGAGCGAAUCCUCUUCUUCCAGUCUCUUCAGGACAGCAUGCUGAAGAAGUCCAUGUCUUCAGAAUUUACUCCUGAUCAGAGGAAUGCAGCUCAUCAGCACUGGCUGAGUGCCGUAGAGGAUGUGCUGCGAUUCCACCCACCCAAUCAGAUCCUUUUAGCUCUGCAGGCUUUGGCCUCCAAACACCAGGUGGCGCUGGAGGAGAAAACCUCAGCUUUGGAUGUGGACCGUGACGUUUCUGCUCUCGGGUUUCGGUAUGAGAGUAACCACCUGCUGGACGUGUCCAUGGAGGAAGAGGAGGACCUGCCACCGGUUCGCAGUCUGUUACAGUCUGCAUGGGAGGAGGUGGAACAGUGUUACAUGCGCUUGGUGGAGGUUCGGAGUCGAGCUCGGAGACUCCACGCUGAUCUCGGCGCUCUCACGAAGGAGGUCCGGCUCAGAAUUCUGGGACAGGACGAUCUCGUUAACCCCACGGCCCGGAGUGUGUUUGAGUUGGAGCUGCAGGUGGUGAGACAGGCUGCGGUGCGAGACAGCGUGCGAGUACAGUGUGCCCAGCUCCAGCUGGAGAACCGAGAGAAACGCGAGGCUCUGCGGAGCCUCCACACACAGUGGCAAAGCAUCAUGGACUUCAGGCAGCUCGUGGACAUCAGACAGGAACAGAUACGAAGUCUGAUCAAAGGAAACUCCAGCAUGAAGACCGAACUCGUGCGUGUUCACUCAGAGUUGCGCGAGUUUGUGCGGGAAAAGCUCAGCCCACGGUUUGUGGGCGUGAUCCGUUCUGCUAAUGAGCUCCGUAACUCCGUGUCCCAGGAGGCCAAGCUGUUUAACUCUGUGUGUGUGUCUGCUCUGGACCGCAGGAUUGUAGACGGCGAGAGAUUAGCGGUGGAUCAGCUCUCCUUGUAUCGCAUGACCUCUCCGGCUCUGCAGGCCGUCCGUCAGAGUCUCUGCACCCCGCUCUACACGGCGCCCGAGGAGUUGUUCUCUCAGGCCGUGUCCCAGAGGCUGCAGCUGCGUUUCCUCCAUCGCCUCCUGCAGCUGCGCACGGACUCUCUAACAGACCUGCAGAACCGAACUGCGCAGCUGCCUGCUCCUAAUCAGCAGGCUCUGCUGCAGAGUGUGAAAGCGGAGGACUCCGACUUGCUGCAGUCUCUGUUGCCUCGUGUUCAGGAGCUCACACAGAGAUGCUCGAAAGGCGUGGCCUACGCGAGUCAGGUCAUCACCGCCAUCACACACUGGUGGGAGCAGCCGGCUCAGUUCGCUCUACCGGACGUGCAGCAGGAGGGACUGACUUUCCAGCAGUGGCUGCAGCGAUGGAAACUGGCUACCAAGGAACUUUAAACUCAUAUUUCUAAAUAUGGGUCCUUUUACAAUAUAUUAAAGGAGCGGUUGGUAACACUUUUUUUUUAUGUAUCGUCAGCAUUCUCGUUUUCCUUUUUAGGAAAAAGGAGGCAGGGCUGACCAGCUCUGUUCUAGCUAGAGGCGGGACUAGCUCACAUACAAAUAAAACUUGUGCAUGUGGGGCGUAAGAAAAUAAUCAAGCCGCACUGCUCUUUCAGGGUGAUUUGUAUUGUUGGCAUCUUAAUAUACAGUCAAUUUUUAAUAUACACACUGAUUCUCUCCAAUAAACAAUCAUUUUGCUACA